GUAUAACCUACAAUUUAAAUUCAAUUUUAUCACAUGACAGUUCUUUACAAACUAUCAUUGUUAUUAAUUAUUUAAAUUACUUUUAAAUAUAUUAUUAUAGAUAACAUUUAAUUUUCAAUUAUUUACGCUGUUUAUUUGUACAAAAAGUAUUUUUAAAAAUGGGUUUUCGCUGUAUUGUUUCAAAUUGUAGAGCAAGAUACAAAAAAGAGAGUUCAUUAUCAUUUUAUCAACUUCCUAAAGAUGAAAAAAUGAAGGACAAAUGGUUUUCAAUUCUUAAACUGGAUCAAAAUAAUUUAAAACUAACAACUGUUGCUCGUAUUUGCUCAAAACAUUUCACUGAUGAUUCCUUUAUUCCACGUCAUUUUGGCAGAGGUAGAUCAUUACGAGCUGAUGCUGUUCCAACUCUUUAUGUUGGUGACAAUAAUGACAGUAAAGUGGUUAGAAGAAAAAAAAAAUUUACUUCACCGAAUAUUAUUUCUGUACGAAGGCAACCAAACAUCAUUUCUGCACAUCGACAGGCAAACGAUUGCAAUGAGACACAUUCAGAUGUUGAAGAUAAUCCGUCGAUAAUAAUUUCAGAGCAAAAUGAUUCAGAAAAUGAUUCGAGAUGUACACAAGAAUUGAUUCCUGAUACUGUAACUAUAUCUGCUGUCGAUUUGACGGAUUCGGAAAAUUUACCUCGCAGACGUAAAUAUUUUGAAGGUGAUUUUAAUAUUGAUGAUAUGAAUUCACCAAAAAAAGCACGAUUUUACUUUCAACAAGCGAGAAAUCGUAUUUCUCAGCUUCAAACGCAACUUCAAUUGAUUAAAAAAAGAGCCAAGCAGUUGAAUGAUAAAAAUUUUAAAUUAGUUAUGCUAAUAGAAAAUUUAAAAACAAAUAAUGGACUUCCGAUGGAAGUAAAUACAAAACAAGAUAGUAAAAACACUAAUACAUCGCUGAGCGAAGACUGUGAAAAGAUAACAAAUAAUAAUCAAGAUAUUGAAAAUACAAUAUUUAGAUACGUAUCCAUUAAUUCAGAUGAUAAUGAAUCAACAGCAUUAUCUGUUUAUGAUAAUAAUGACAAUGAACAAGAAAAUAUGAAUAAAAUAUUCAGAUAUGUCGCUGCUAAUAGUGUCGACGAUGAUCAGUCACCAUGCAGUAUCGAACAGGAGGCUAAAAAUGUAAUAUAUCGAUAUAUUUUUAGUGAUUCAGAUCAUGAUUAUUGUCCUUGA